AUGUUUCGCCGUUUCGUGACGACCCUACUAAGGUCGGGAUAUUGGAGAUCUACAAGGCCUGUGGGACAGUUGGACUUCUUUGGAUCAAGAUCGUUUUCCGUGGAUCCUACGCAAAGACGACUUGCCGUCCAGUUCACGUGUGGAGUUUGUGGCAGUCGUCAGGGACCAAAUACCUUUUCUCGGAAUUCCUACGAAAAAGGUGUCGUGAUUGUAAGGUGUGACCGGUGCCAAAAUCACCACGUUAUUGCUGAUAAUCUAGGCUGGGCCGAAACAUUGAGGAGGUUCUGCGCAAAAAAUCGCAAUGGGCCUAAAAUUAUUACAAAUUAA